AUGGACGCUGAUACUAGUACGCCUCCGUAUCACCGAUCGAACGCUAAAUCAGCCUCGCGUCUCCAUCGUGUUAACAAUUCUCAGCAAAAUACCUCUCUUGAUUUGGUUCUACACUCUCCCAAAAGCAACGAUACACAUACACCCGACUCCAUCAGAUCAACAUCUUCUCCUGUCCUCCUCUUAUCUCCUUCCCCACUCCGCAAAUCCAAGACCCGUUUAGCAGAUCGACUCGAAAUGGCCUCCGAGGAUGCGGCGGAUCCGACUGCUCCUCCUGUGCGCAAGCGGGGAAAAGCGAGGGGAGGUCAAAAGGGUCUUUUGGCUUCUCCUCGGAAUCCCCGGAGAUCGAGGCGGAGGUCGGAAGCUGUGGAAGAGAAAGAAGCUACUGCAGUUGUCGACGAAACCGCAAAGCCCAGAAAAAGGAGGACGAAUGGUCGCCCUAACAAGGAAAAGCAAAAUUCGGCUCCUUUGUCAACUUCUCCGUGCUCGUCGUCUUCAGAUCUUCCAUAUGCAUGUCAAAGCGAUUUGAACCGAAUUGGAGAGAUUAUCAGUGAUUUAGUAAUGUGGAGAGAUGUUGCGAAAUCGACCCUGUGGUUCGGUUUUGGAUGUCUCUGUUUCCUAUCUUCUUGCUUUGCCAAAGGAUUCAACUUUAGCGUUUUCUCGGCAGUUUCCAAUCUCGGGCUUGUGUUACUCUGCGGCUCCUUCUUGUCAAACACUCUUUCUCAAAGGAAAAACCAAGACACCAAGAGAGAGUUCCAUGUGAGUGAAGAUGAUGUCUUGCGCUUAGCCACACGAUUCCUUCCCGCUACCAACUUUGCCAUUUCAAAGACUAGUGAGCUUUUUUCUGGAGAGCCAUCAAUGACACUCAAAGUGACACCAUUUCUGCUAAUCGGCGCUGAGUAUGGCCAUCUCAUAACGCUGUGGAGGCUAUCCGCAUUUGGUUUCUUCCUCAGCUUCACCAUCCCAAAGCUGUACUCCUGCUACACCCAUCAGAUUAGCCAAAAAGUUGAAAGAAUGAAAACGAGAAUAGGAGAAGCAUGGGGAAUGUGCUCACACAAGAAGCUCUUGGCAGGCUCUGCGGUGACAGCGUUUUGGAACUUGACAAGCAUUAGAACCCGACUUUUUGCAGUUUUUAUCAUCCUAGUGUUAUUUCGGUACAGGAGACAGAAUCUACAGCUAAAUCCUGAUCAAGUCGAGCCUAUUGAGAGUGAAAAGCAAGAAAUAGAAGAAGAAGAAACACUCCCACAAGAAGAACAGACACAGCCACAAGAAGAGCAAGCGUUAGUGAUGGUGGUUGCAGAAACUGAAGGAUCAAAGAAACUCUAG